AUGUGCGCAGAGACAGCGUCACCUAACGAGAAUCCGAAAGGACUCCUUUCCCUGUUUGGUGAACUGAGAAAUCGCAUCUACGAUCUCUGCCUUUCGGACCCAGAUGUCGUUAUCCUCGCUCCCAUCAAAGACACCAGGCACAGCGGCAUCUUCAAAAAGCCCCAGGAUCGGCGCCAGUUCUUCAGUCUCACGCAGACGUGCCAUCAGAUCCGUCGCGAGUUCCUACCGCUGUACGCUCGUCACACCGAGACCCGCAUCGUUAUUCGCAACUUGAACAAGUAUCUCAAGGCCUUCUUUCCCAUUCGGUCACCGGAGAUCAUGCGGGGUUAUGUGGCUCGAUUCAUCGUCUUGAUUGACUGGGAUGAAGUUCACGAGCUCGAACUCCUUCCCCUCGUCCGCCGGCAGAUGAUUGCGCCGAACUUCGAAUGCAGCUUUGGGUCGCGGUAUGAGGCCAAGCCGUCCCGCGGGGUCUGGAAGCCUCGCUCUGCCGACUUGAACAAGCUGUUCACGCGCCCAACUCUCCAGGAUCCAAACUAUCGGAACGCGAUGUUGAAAUCGUACAUCGACAGGGAGUUUGUACGGUCUAUUCGCGUUACGAAAGAGAAAUCAGCGGAGACAGGAAAGAACGGCGCAUUGCUUAAAGUCGUGCUUGGUGGCAAAGAAGUUAUUGGCGUGGAAGCGGAGGACACGGUGGAGGAAGAAUACAGGCAUUGGGACUUCUUCGUGCGCGAGGUUGGCCUCUCCGACGUGUCGUAUUAUCGAGCCGGGGUCUUCUUUGCUAAGAGGCGGUGA